AUUAAUAUCGCUUGUCAGUCAGCCGAUUUUUGCUGUAAACGACAUCUUGGAGAUAUUGUUAAGUAAUCAUGAAGACCAUCAUCGCAUUGUCCUUUUUGGCUGUACUUUAUACCGUCGAGGCUGUUCCAGCAGAGCCGGCCGAUUUGGAAAUUCUGAGGCUUCGAAUGAGGGACCUAAAAUGGAACAUAGAGACUACUGUACGUGAACUUGAGAUACUUCGUACCCGGACCGAGGAAGAUACUCUUCAAAAAAUUACCGUAAGGUGGAGUGAAGAACAAGACAGUCAUAGAGAAUAUAAAACUUUAUUACUUUCUGGGAUACGCAAUGAAGUAAAUAUCGCUAAGGCGGCGGGCAAAGAUGUGACCUCGUGCCAAACCGAGGCCACCCGAGGUAUCGAAAAUAAUGAGCAGAUAGCAUAUAAGGAAGCUAAUGAAUGCGUAGGCGCCUCUGAAAUUUCCAUCCAUAACAACCUUGGUUUUAUCGAUAAUCUCAUUUCAACCGCAGACGCGUUGUCGUUGCAGUCGGAUAGCAUCUUCUUGAAUUGUCACGACAGCGACAGUUACAGAAUGCGCGGCUGCAUUGUCAGUGAACUGACGAAAGCGGAAAGCUCCCUGAAGACCUUGGAGAGCGACAGCGUUACUGCAGAGAUGACCGUUGCACCCGUGUCCAAGAAUGUCGUUACGCAGGCCAGCAACUGUAUCAAACAGGCUUAUUCCCUUACGUAUACAGAGGGGGCGGCGAUUAGAAUGAGAGUUACUCAAUGUAUUGAAACAAUCACCACGCCAACUACGACGAUAGCUGCGACAACUGCGACGACACAGAAGCCUGCCUCAGAAGAAUAAUUUUAAAUCUACUAAGUUUGGUG